AUGGGCGCAUCUUCCAACACGGCCGAGCUCUUGCUCCGUGUCUGUGCCGAUAUUGCAGCACAGCUCGUCGAUGCGCAUGACCGAUCAUCCUCAGUUUCGUUGAACCAAAUCCGCACCACCACCUGCAAACGACAUGGCUACAAUGGCGUUCCUCGUCUCACCGACAUCAUCGCUGCCAUCCCCGAGGCUUACCGGAAGGUUCUCGUGCCAGCACUCAAGGCAAAGCCAGUCCGAAGUGCCUCUGGUAUUGCGGUUGUAGCGGUCAUGUGCAAGCCUCAUCGCUGCCCGCAUAUCGCUCUGACCGGCAACAUCUGCGUCUACUGUCCAGGUGGUCCCGACUCGGAUUUCGAAUACAGUACGCAGUCAUACACAGGAUACGAGCCCACAUCGAUGCGAGCCAUUCGAGCCCGAUACGAUCCUUAUGAACAGUCCAAGAACCGAGUACAGCAGCUAAGAGAGCUGGGACACAGCGUCGACAAGGUGGAAUACAUUAUCAUGGGUGGUACUUUCAUGUCUCUCUCCGAAACCUACCGUAACCAGUUCGUCGCCCAGCUUCACAAUGCUCUCAGUGGCUUCAACGGUCAGGAUGUCGAUGAAGCCGUCAAGUACUCCGAAAGAGCGCUCACAAAGUGUAUCGGUAUCACUAUCGAGACCCGCCCAGACUACUGCUUGCGACCACACCUUUCACAGAUGCUUCGAUACGGCUGCACACGACUCGAGAUUGGUGUACAGUCCGUAUACGAGGAUGUGGCGAGGGACACUAACCGAGGUCACACCGUCAAGGCUGUCUGUGAGACCUUCCAACUCGCCAAAGAUGCAGGCUACAAGAUCGUCGCCCACAUGAUGCCAGAUCUCCCCAACGUCGGUGUCGAACGUGACAUGGAGCAGUUCAAAGAGUAUUUCGAGAAUCCUGCAUUCCGCACCGACGGUCUCAAGCUCUACCCAACUCUCGUCAUUCGCGGCACUGGUCUUUAUGAGCUCUGGAGAACAGGCCGAUACAAGAACUAUACGCCUUCUUUCUUGGUCGACUUGGUUGCUCGAAUUCUUGCACUCGUUCCACCUUGGACUCGAGUCUACCGUGUGCAGCGUGAUAUUCCCAUGCCUCUCGUCUCGUCUGGUGUCGAGAAUGGAAACCUUCGAGAGCUUGCGUUGGAGCGCAUGCGCGAUUUUGGUGUUACCUGUCGUGAUGUUCGCUAUCGAGAAGUAGGUCUGCACGAGAUUCAUGCCAAGGUCCGCCCGGACGAGGUAGAGUUCAUCCGCCGAGACUAUAUCGCCAAUCGAGGGUGGGAGUCUUUCCUCGCCUACGAAGAUCCAGAGAAGGAUAUCCUGAUUGCACUUCUUCGGUUGCGAAAGUGUUCCGCCGCAGGUACUUACCGUCCCGAAUUGACAAAGCACGGACAGUGCUCGAUCGUGAGAGAACUACAUACCUAUGGCAGUGCAGUGCCGAUUCACUCGAGAGACCCAACAAAGUUCCAACAUCAAGGCUUCGGAACAUUGCUCAUGGAACAGGCCGAACGUAUUGCAAGGGACGAGCACGGGUCGAACAAGCUGGCUGUCAUCUCGGGUGUAGGUACCAGAGAUUAUUACAGGAGAUUGGGAUACGAGUUGCAAGGUCCGUACAUGGUCAAAAUGCUCGUCGAUGAGGAGGAGCAGGAUGAUGCCGCCACCGACUUUGAUGCUGUGGACUCGGGAUUCUACUUCUGA